AUGUCCGAAAGUUACAAUCCAGAUGAGUUUCCCGUCACUGGCUCGUCGCAUAAAGAUAGAACCAGAGUCCCAGAAACCACCAAACUUGAAUCACUGAAAGAUGAUGUGGUUCGAAAUGUUUCCAUAGUAUCCGACUAUCUGCAGAAGAACGGCCUUCCGCAACCUUCAUUUGAACGAAAUGCCCCUUUGACCUUUAUACCGCCGAGAUCACCUUCACAUAUUCAGCAAGCCCGUCAAGAUUUGAUGGAGGCUGCGCUGAAACUGUUUCAGCUAGCAAGUGGACCAAUCGAAUACAUACCUAAUCUUGCUCUUGGUUAUCACUACUUGGCUUGCCUUCGAUGGUUGACUUAUUUCAAUAUCUUCAAAAAAGUUCCUCUUGAAGGAAAUAUUCACUACGCUCAACUAGCAGAAUCUGCAUCAGUAUCAGAAGUCCAGCUCAAGUCAAUAUCUCGUAUGGCUAUGACAAAUAACCUCUUCCAUGAGCCUGAGCCGAAUCAUGUUGCACAUACGCCUAUCUCUGCUUUGUUGGCCACCGAUCAUCUUAUGCAUGAGUGGGCGAGAUUCAUGACUGAACGAUCUGCCUUGUGCGCUUCGAAGAUGCUAGAGGCAUCAAUCACGUGGCCUCAGAGUCUGGCAAAAAACCAUACGGGUUUCAAUAUUGCGCAAGAUACAACAUUAACUUUCUUCGAGUGGCUAGACAAAGAGCCGAAAGAAAGUGAGCGAUUUGCACAAUACAUGCAAAUGAUCAGAUCAACUGAAGGGUUGGGACUAGAGCAUCUAAUCAGUGGGUUUGACUGGGCAAGUUUGGGCACGGGAACUGUUGUUGAUGUUGGAGGAUCUUCAGGGAGCGUGAGCAUAGAACUUGCCAAAGCGUUCACAAACCUCACAUUUGUUGUUCAAGAUCUGCCUCAAAACAUCGAAGCUGCAUCUACAUCCUUGCCAAAAGAUUUUCCCUGUCUCGCGAAGCGCAUUACUUUCCAAGGCCAUGACUUCUUCAAGGAGCAGACAGUAAAGGGUGCGGAUGCCUACCUUCUACGCAUGAUUCUUCACGAUUGGCAGCCCGAAGACUGCGUGAGAAUACUACGCAGAAUUUUGCCAGCUAUGAAGAAAACCUCCAAAAUAAUUAUUAUGGAUGUUGUACUGCCCAAGCCAGGAAGUGUUCCGGCUGUGCAGGAAAGUCUACUGAGGGCUAGAGAUAUAACCAUGUUACAGAGCUUCAACAGCACCGAGAGAGAUAUUGAUGAUUGGCAUGCUCUUCUAGGAGACACGGACAAGAAGCUGAAAAUAAUAAAUGUGGUUCAUCCAGUAGGUAGCUGGAUGGCUGUUUUGGAAGUUGGCUUGGAGUCUAUGUAA